GAUAUGUCAGAUAAUAAUAAUAAGUGUCAACCAUUGAUAAAAAAAAAUAAAAGCGGAGAUUACAAUUAUUACUAAUUAUUGCAGUUUGCCAAAUGAAAUGACUGUUCCUAUUUUUCGGAGAAAUUAUAAAGAUGGAGAAAUUUGCUGUUGAUUUAGACCAAGUUCUCAAUGACUUUGAAUACAGUGAAUUAACCGAUCAGUAUAAUUCUGUAAGGAAUCCUGUAGAAGCUCCAAGCCCUGCUCCUCAAAAUAAUGUGUUGAAACACUCAAUUAACAAUGUUUUUCAUAGUCUAAAUGAAUAUUUGAGCAGCAGUAUCGAUGUACCUGCUGUAGAUAAUGAUUUGAGUUCUAAAGAAAAAGAUUUAGAUAGAGGAGAUAAUUCUAAUUCGCAGAAUAAAGAAGUAUGUAUACAAUAUCCUGAUAACAACGGAGAUAAAGGCAGUAACAUCAGUAAUGUAGAAAAUACAUCUUGUGACAUUAAAACUGAGAAUGCUUCAGUACAAGAAACUAUCAAAGACAAUUUAACAGUAGCCAAUAAUGACUCAAUUGAAGAGCUUACACCUGAUACAUCUGAGGAAAUCGUAUUCAUAGAAGGAGAAAAAAUCAAACAAACCCAUUCUGUCAGUCAAUUAGAAGAAACUACAACUAAGGGAAGUGAUGAACUUCUCAUUGAAAUAGAAGACGUUAAAGAUACAACUACUGAAAGAGAACUAGACAAUACAAUUACAGAGAAUCUCGGUAAAACUGAAGAAGUAGAAAAGUCUGAUAGAUUAGUGGAGGAAGUUAGUUCUAAAAUUUCAGAAGAUCUAGUAAUUAAACCUAAUGAAGUGGAUAAUCAAGUUGUUUGUGAAGACACCAUAUAUCCAGAAGUAUUGGAAGUCAGUGAUGAAUCAGACAAAGAGGGAAAUAUUAGUAACAUAAAAGAAGAUCGACCUGUAGUAGUAGGUUUUGAGGCUGUAACUAAUCUAGAGGAUGAUGAAGUGGAUAAGUUGUUAGAAGAAUUAGAAAAUGACCAAGAUUUACUUCAGGAAUCUCAAUUACUACAACAAGAACAUAAAGAGGAAAAGAGAGAUAAUCAAGUUGAAAAUAUAUUAGUUUUAGAAAAACAUGAAGAAGUUGAGGAGUCAGUUGAUCAAUUUCCAAUAACACAAUUAUUAAAGGAACCAAACAUUUUAAUAUCCACUGACUCAGAGAAACCUACAAUAGAAAUUAUAAAUGAAGAAGUAAAGAAUAUUCCUAUAGAUAAACUAGAAGACAGUAAUGUUUUGCCAAAUGAGAUAAUUCAAAAUGAAGAUAAAGAACAUGUUGAAACAGUUCUGGAGGCAUCUAUUAAUAAAGAACAACCUUUGCAAAUUACAAAGGAACUCACUAGAGAAGUUGAACUACCAGAGGUUCUAAAAGAAUCAGUUAAAAAUGAAGAACCUCCAGAAAUGUUAAAAGAUCCAGUUACUGAUGAAGAGCCAAAAGAAACUCAAGCAGCAAAAGAGGAAAAAAUGCAAGCUCUGAAAUCAGUAGAUAAAGAAAAAGAAGAAGUAUAUGAAGAAGAAAAACCAGCAACACUUCUAGAGGAACCCGUCAAAGAACAAGAUCAAAUUAUGGGGGAUGUUAGUGAGCAAAAAUUGCCAGAUAAAGAAAGCAUUGCUGAAUGUAUUCCCAAAGAAGAAGAAGAAACUGUUAAUAAGAAUGAAGAACUUGUUGAGAAUAGUUCCAAGGAACAGGGUAAUACAAGUGACGAAAAGACUGAAACAGCAAAUAUUAAACUUGAAAGGCAAGAUAGUGCAUCUAGACCACAUCAUUUACAACUUAAGGAAGAAGAAAAUGAAAAACAAAGGGAAAUUAAUCUAAUAGGUGCUCCGGGUUCAACGCCAUAUAACAAUGUUUACAUAAGCGAAGAAAUCCACAAACAGGACGACCGAGAUAGCGAAUCUAUAUCUUCCACGUCAUCGAACACCUUCUCCGACACCGGAAGUACAGCUUCGACCGCGUCUACCGAAGAAAUUAGAGACGACCAUGACGAUAUUAAUCCCAACAUAGGGGAAGAAAGGAGAAUACCCACGGAAAAUUUAGAAAGAGACAGCAGGGAGUUGUCCGACGAAGGUCCUGAUUUGCGCAAUCUAGAAGAGAGUUUAGAGCCCCCUAGAGGAAGUGAAAGCGAAGCUAGGGGAACUGCAGAAGGUAUCACUAGCAGCGGGACGCAUGAAAAACAAUGGUUGGGGAAAGAGGCGCCUUUGUGGAUUCCGGAUUCAGAUACUACUAGUUGCUUGCACUGUGAUAUGAAGUUUACUGUGUUGAAGAGACGGCAUCACUGUAGAGCCUGUGGAUUGGUCCUGUGCGCCAAAUGCUGCCAUCUUCGUUUCAAAUUGGAAUAUUUGGACGCAGAAGCCAGAGUGUGCAACAAAUGCCACGAUAUACUAAACAGAGACACCAACAGCAGCUCAAGUUCGGACCUCUCACCAGACCACGGCAACUCCCCUCUUCGACGACCUAAUCCCAACAAUCCUCUGGAAUAUUGUUCGACAAUCUCACCUUUGCAACAAGUUAGUGGUGCGUCCAAUCAAAUACCUGCUGUUAUGGUACCAGUUGGAGUUUUGAAAAGAAAAGGUAGUACCAAAGCCAAAUCCAAUAAGAGCGUCAUGUUUUGUGACGGUAUUCGCCCGGGAAGCGACCUGACUAAUCUGGAUAACGACUUUAACUAUAGUAACACGAAGACUAAGAAAUUGGAGAAAACUAGUACUAAUGCCGGGAAAAUAAACAGGAAUUUACCGUUGAUGGAUUCUGACACUAACUCAUUUAUUCCGAAGAGUGAGAACAGCCUUCCACCUUUGAUAACCAUAACAAAAUCAGAUAUUUCGUACACGGAUUGCCUGAACAACCCCCAAACAGUGGAAAUGUUAAAAGCUAACGAACUGACAUUCGCCAUUUUGUUGAGUUUAUACGUCCACGUAAAGAUCAUAAAUAUGAGUUGCUGCAUUAACAAGACGGCAUGGUGCUUUUCUACAGAGGGACUCAUCAACGUUGGGCAGGACGAGAUUGUAAUUAUUUUAGAGUAUAUAGAUGAGGAGUCUUUUGUGCCGAAAGAUGUUUUUUACCAUAUUAAUAACGUUUAUGCGGAUGCAGUGAAAGGUACGUCAAUUAAAGAGCUUGGCCUAUCACUCCACAAUUCAUCGAACUUUUUGGAUUCCAAGAACCACGCGGGAUUCGUCUAUAUCCGGCCCACUUUCCAAUGUUUAGAAAAUGUGAUAAAGUCCAAAGAACCUUUUUUGAUAGGUAUUUUAAUACAUCGGUGGGAGACGCCGUGGGCCAAACUUUUCCCCUUAAGACUGAUUUUGAGAUUAGGAGCAGAAUAUAGGUACUAUCCAAGCCCUGUGAUAUCGACGAGACACCGAGACAGCGUGUUUGUAGAAAUUGGACAUACCAUAAUUAAUUUGUUAGCAGAUUUUAGGAAUUUUUCAUAUACUCUGCCGCAGAUCAACGGCUUGACUAUUCAUAUGGAGGACAAAAAUACUACUCUUACCAUUCCAGUUAAUAGAUAUGACCAGGUGAUAAAAUCUUUAAAUAAUUCAAGCGACCACAUAUUAGCAUUUGCUGGGACGUUUAGUCAAACUGCUGACUCACAUUUGAUAUGCAUGCAGGAUACUCAGGGAGAUGAAAAUUGCUAUUCAACGCAUACUAUUAAUAUUCAGAACAAGCCUAGAAAAGUUACUGGCGCAAGCUUCAUAGUAUUCAACGGAGCGUUGAAGUCUUCCAGCGGUUUAACGGCCAAAUCCAACAUUGUCGAAGAUGGACUGAUGAUCCAGGUGUUACCGGAGCAUAUGCAACAGAUCAGAGACAGUCUCAGAGCCAUGAAAAACCACACGAUACCUUGUGGAUGCGUCGACGCCGACUCAGACGAGACGGUGAAUAUUGUUUGGGGCGAGAACGACGUUAAUUUCAAUAUAGGCGUAACGUCGCCCAUUGACGGCAUGCCCUUGAACGGCAUUCCUUCCAUUCGAGUCCACAACGGCAAGAACUACUGCGCGAGCGGAAACAGAAUAAUAAGAUGGACGGAAGUGUUCAUCAUCCAAAAUGGCGAGGACAGUCCAAAGAAUCAAGAUCCCGUAGAUAUUUCUAGAGUAUCCGAAAAUAUAGCCAAAGGAACAUGUGAUGCGCUUCUGAACUAUCUGGAUCUGUUGGUGACGAACAAUUUUACUAAGAUUGGUAUCAGGACUAAUCUGCAAGCGGAUAGUGUUUCUUAUUCUGCCGGUAGUAACAAUACGAAGCUACCGCCCAUAUACAUGAAAAGCCUGGACAACGAGCUCAUACCGAUUCUACACAGGAUAACGUCGAGCAAUCUGGGCGAAACGGCGAUCAUCUUGGAACUAAUAUUUCGAAUUCUAAACGUUUGAGAUUAUAAUAGACAAUAAAAGUCUCCCCAUGUAUUAUAAUCUACAUAGUUGAAGUAGGUAUAAGUAUAUAAUACACAAGAAAAGUACCUCUUGACAUUCAUGAAUUACUUUUACAUAAAUGGUGUCAGAACAAUAUUAACAUAAGAUUCAAAAAUAAAGGCUUAAUCGUAAUAUGAAGAACUCUAUAGCGGUGGUUCCAUUUUUAACAGUUAACAUAUUUCAUGUGUCAUAAAGACUAGAAGUGAGAUUAUAAAUAUUUAUACCAAAUUUGUCCACAUUGUUUCAAACCUAAAAACAGUUGCAAGUAAACACUUAGUAGGAAACUUGCAUAAAAUUUUAAAUUCGAAAAAAUGUUGUAAAUCACAACAGCACCACAUGAUUUAAAACAUGUAUCAAAGAUAAAAAAAAGUUGUUUUUGUGUUCCGUUUGGCCCCUAAAGACGAUUCUAAAUUCAAAUUAUAGCAGCUAGCCCAAGACGCGUCGUGACGUCAUAUGGUUGUAUGUUUACAUUGUGCAUCAACAAAGUAAACAAUUACAAAACAAACAUUUUAAAUUAGACAUUAUAAACGUCAGUAGAAAAUACAGCUAUGUGACGUCACAAGUGUUUUUGGUCGUUUGAACUAUUUUAAAUACAUAGAAAACUUGUACUUUUACAAAAUGGCACUAAACAACACUUAUAGUGUUUCCUUUUAUUUUCCAUAGUAAACCUUCUUUACUUUCCUUCAAAAACUGUACCAUACUCCAAUCUCAACAAAGUGGUAUAUAUUAUUACAAUGACAUACGAUAAAUGUCAUUAGAAUAUAAUAUUUUUCCCUUAUUCCGCGACGAUAAGUUGGCCAAAUACCAAGUAGGUGGAGGCCAAUAAACUAAAGAAGAAGAAGAAUAUACCUAAAUAUAACCAUAAAUAUGAACAUAAAUAAAGUACAACUAUGUGACGUCACGGGUCGUUUGAACUAUUUUAAAUUACAGAAGAUUUUAAAUUUGUACUUCUAAGUUAUUAUGAGUUUUUGAAGCGUGAAAUUUUGGAAAUCUCAUUUUUAAACAAAACUGAACAUUAUUAUGUAAUAAAAAAUGUGCAAGUUCCCUAUUGUUAUUUGUAUUUGAGGUUAUGGAAACAAUUUUGCACAUUUCUUUGUUGUAAUUUUGUCUUCAUGCACUUUUUAUAUUUGCAAAAAAUGUUAGAAAUUGUUAUCCAGUGUUAUGGUGAUUAAGAGUUCGCAAUGAAUUAUUUAAAUACUUUAUUCUACAAUAAGAAUUAAAACUAAAUAUGUGCUACAUUAUUAAAUAAGAUUACAAGUGACAGUUGACAACCGGCAUUACUACUUAAACAUUAUGAACCAGCGGUUCUCAAUCUGUGGUGGUACACAAAACCCAAAAACAGCCAAAAUCAGCACCAAUAUUAUAGUUAAUUAGAUUACCUAGCUGCAUAAGUAUUUCAGUUAGGUGGUACCAAAAAUAAUAAAAAGAAUUGUGUGGUACAUGAAUCAAAGAGAUUGAGAACCACUGUCCUAUACAUUAUAAUAAUGGAAGCCAAAAGAUAGAGGUACUUUUCUUGCUGAACAACUUUCUAUAGUGUUUAGACUUCAGUUUUUUAAACAGUCAAUAGAUAUAGACAGGUUAUGGUAAAAUAUUUUUAUAGUUGAGUAGCUCGAUAUAACUUAUCAGGUUUUUAUUGAAAAUGUUUAAAAGUUGUUGAAAAAAUGGUGGUUGUUUCGUAAUGUUCGAGAAUGGAUGUGGGGUAUGGCUACUAGUGAUACUAUUAGGUAUAUUGUAUAAAUCAGGGGAGAUUUUUAAAAUGUGUCAAAAAUAUUUGUCCUGUAUAAACUGCGUGAAUUACUGUAUUCUUCUUCUUCUUCUUCAGGUGCCAUCUCCGCUACGGAGGUUGGCAAUCAUCAUAGCUAUUUUAAUUUUUGAGGCAGUAGCUCUAAAUAGUCGUUUUGAGCUGCAUCCAAACCUAAUUACUGUAUUGGAGGUUGGAAAUUCAUUAAAAAAGUGACAAAAAUAAAAUAGUACACUUAUUUUUUGCAACAUGUGGUUUGUUUAAUAUCGAUAGGGUUUCAAUUUUAUCAAUAAAACAUUACCUAGUUUUUCUUGUAUUUCAUAAGGAAGAACCUUGAUAGGUCUCACCAGUCCGCUGAAGACUUAAUGCACACUUACGCUGCUUUUUGAGAGUAAUAAUGUUUGAUGUAAUUGAUAAACCAAUUCUAUUAGUACCACAUUAUGCGAAAUGAAUCCAGAUAUGCCCUCCUACAGGUCAUCCUGCAAGGAAAAACAUUUGGAAAGCGAGGUCCAGGAAGAAGAACAUCCUGGUUAAAGAACCUCGGAACCUGGUUCAACACAACAUAAACUUACGUGCAUAGAAAUCGGUCCACCUAAAAAUUCGGUCAUUUUUGAAGUCUCAUAUUUCCUAAACUUGUUGGCCGAUCUAAGUGAUUUUUUGAACAUGUUAUAGCCUGAUUCUUUAGCAAUACCACUGUAGUAAUAUUGCUGCUAAACAGGUAAAUUUUCAUUGUAUACCGGGUGGACCAAUCAAACUGUGUUUUGUUCUCAAAGUUCGCAUCACCCUGUGGAAUAUUCUAGCAUUUAUAAAAUACUGAAAUUAAAACCCAACUAUAGACUCAGGUUUUCUUAACAUUCUGUGUUUUGAUUCAUUCGUUUAUGUUGGAUAAUAAAAAAGUUAGGUACUUUAACAACUAGACAUGUUCUUCAUCAAUACACGGUGUUUCUAAAUAAGUGCGACAAACUUUAAGGGGUAAUUCUGCAUGAAAAAAUAAUGACAGUUGGCUUUAUAAAUGUAUGUCCGCAAAUGUUUCGUUUCCGAGAUACGGGAUGUUGAAUUUUUUCUUACAAACUGACGAUUUAUUUUAUUGCUUUAAAACCGGUUGAGGUGUGCCAAUGAAAUUUGGUGGAUUUUAAGACGUAGUUAUUGCACAUUUUUUGACAUACAAUUAAGAAUUUAAUAUUCACCAUUAGCGCGCAUACGUGUAAUAUGACCGAUCAUAUUACCCGUAUGCACGCUAAUGGUGAAUAAAUAAUUCUUAAUUUUAUGUCAAAAAAUCCACAAUAACUAUCUCUUAAAACCCACCAAAUUUCAUUUGCAUGUCUCAACUGGUUUUAAAGCAAUAAAUAAAUCGUCAUUAUGUAAGAAAAAAUUCAACAUCCCGUAUCUCGGAAACGAAACAUUUGCGGACAUACAUUUAUAAAGCCAACUGUCAUUAUUUUUUCAUGCAGAAUUGCCCCUUAAAGUUUGUCGCACUUAUUUAGAAACACCGUGUAUUGAUGAAGAACAUGUCUAGUUGUUGAAGUACCUAACUUUUUUAUUAUCCAACAUAAAUGAAUUAAUAAAAAAAAAGAAUGUUAAGAAAACCUGAGUCUAUAGUUGGGUUUUAAUUUCAGUAUUUUAUAAAUGCUAGAAUAUUCCACAGGGUGAUGUGAACUUUGAGAAAAAAACACAGUUUAAUUGGUACACCCGGUAUACAAUAAAAAUUUACCUGUUUAGCAACAAUAUUAUUACAGUGGUAUUGUUAAAGAAUUAGGCUAUAACAUGUUCAAAAAAUCACUUAAAUCGGUUAACAGGUUUAGGAAAUAUGAGACAUCAAAAAUCACCAAAUUUUUAAGUGAGCCGAUUUCUAUGCACGUAAGUUUAUGUGCAGCUUUUCCGCGUUGCUGCAGAUAAAAUAAAGAUUGCCAUGAUGAUCGCCAACAUUCGUCAAGGCACGUCAAGAAGAAGAUUAGUACCACUAGAGUUAUACAACCACUCUUUCAGUUUCACAAAGUAUAGUUAGAUGAUUGAUGGUUACCAAAACACCAUUUUAUCAAACUAUGCUUCCAUUUAUUUGAUAUAUUUUUAAGUUUCAAGAAUUAUUUUCCUCAAACAGUAUUACCGUAUCACAAUCACACAUUGCAUUCAGUUUAUAUUUUUGCUUUAAGAGAUGACCACACAUUUUUAGAACACUUUUUCUGUUUAUCUACGACUAUUUAAGAAUAUGAAAAUAUUUAUCUUUAUAAUAAUAUACUUUUGGACAGUAGUUCAAUUGUGAAGGAACACUGUUGAUAGGAACAACUCAGGAGAAAAGGGAAACAGCAAGGAACAACUCUGUAGGUGUUGUCUUAACAGGGAGGAAAAUACAGGAAACAUCAAUAUAGAUCUUAACGAAACGAACAGAUAUCAGCCAUCUGCUCUACACAAAUUAUAGGAUAUGUAGACGAUCUGGUAUAAAAAACAAACAAGUUUAGAAUAACACUGAAUCGUAUAGUAUAGAAUAUAGAAGAAAAAAAUUAAAACCUAGAUGAACAGAGAUGAUAUUAUUGGCUAUAUAAAGGCCCAAGGGCAAAAAUAACCCAAAUGAACGAGAUAAUUUCCGUAUCUUAUGCAGUUUUUUGGCAUAAAGUGUAGAUUGAAUGGUAUCGAAUAUAUCUAUCUAACCAGUCUUAAACGCCCAUUUUUACUGAACGCCCAUAUUACUUACUGAAACAAGCAAACACUCCGGUAAUCUACCUCUGUUAUGUGGAGAAGUCCAAAGAGAUUUUAACUUUAAUUGCACAGUUUUGCAAAUGGUAUUAGCUGACGUCCGAUUUCCUUCCAAUUAUGUAUCCUUAUUUUCCAUCCCAAAUUUUGCUUCAAAUCCGCCACUUAACAAUGAGAAUUAAUCUCAAUAUCCGGCGUGUCCACUUUAAUAGAGUUUGACCAACUAAAAUUCCAAUCGAGAAAUCAAUUUCGCUUCAAUUCAACGAGGUUUUCGCGCGUGCGUAGAGAAAUGUCGUUUGUGAAUCGAUCGCGGGCGUAUCACAAGAAAUUUCUUGAGGGAUAUUAUUAAUGCAAUUUUAAUUGAAUUAAUUUAAUUAGUAGCGUAACCGCUACACUGGGCAUAAGCCUCCCCUGUUAAUCUCCAUUGGUUUCUAUUCUGGGCGAUCUGCCUCCAGUCCUUUCUUGCCGUUCUGUUAAGGUCGUCCAUCCAUCUCAUCUGUGGUCUUCCCCUUUUUCUUUUCUCUUCCCAUGGUCGCCAGUGUAGAAUUCGCUUAUUCCCUCUUUCAUCUUUUUACCGCUGAGUGUGGCCGGCGAAGUUCCAUUUAUUUGGCGAUUGAAUGGUAAGGAAGCAAUAAUAAGAACGUUGCUACUAACAUCUUUGAUCUCACAAUCAAUUCAACCCGUUAUUUCGACAAAGGCACAAGUCCCAUUUCUUUUAAAUAUCGCUGUUUGGUGCUACUUUAUUUCUUGAAGCGUUUAACAUGUUUUCUGUGAAAAGGGCAUAUCUUUAUAUAUCACAAUUCAUCUUAAAGAGCGCCUAACCUUUGGAUCGAAAGUUCCGAAUGGUAGUGAGUUCGAAUCCCACCAGGGUCAGGAAUUUUUUCGUUUAUUAUAAAUUAAUAAAUGAAAAUAGUUUCUGUCCUUGUGAGAUCGUUACUCACCGGAGGGACCGCAGACGUUCGGAUAUAAUUAGCGUCUCUUUGCAAAGACAAUGACGUCGACUUUGCAAAGUAACAAGACACUUACUCAACACACACACUUCACAUUAAACCUGAGUUAGUGAUAAGUUAUACAAUUACGUGGCUAAAGGUUCUAGUUCUAAACCAAGGCCAGAAUCAGAGAAAAAAAAUUCAUCUUAAAAGUUAGAAGGCAAACAAAAAUUGAAGUCUAUUUGAAAAUUGCACCAGUCCUGGACUUAUGCCCCUUUCUAUUGAAACAAAACGGAACUUUUAAUUAAUGGACUUGCGUCCUUAUUUAAAUGACGGAUUCAAUAGCUCUACAAUAUUGUAACUUUUAGAACAGCAUUACUCAAUUUAUUUACAGGAAUAGUCGUAGAAAAACAACUGAAGCAGCAUUUUAUAUUUUAAAGAUAAUGUCAAUUAACUAAGGAGUAUCUCGAGAAUAUUUCCAUCAAAUGAAAACACAAUACAUCUCUGUUAAUAUCCACUAAAGUUUUUUUCGUACUUUUAAAAAUAAGGGAGGAAUCUACAUACUUGUUUAAUGAAAUAAUGGUCUACCGCAUAGUUGGUCACGUAUUUUUUGUUUUUAUUGCAUGAUUUUACUAUGGACUUUGGUGUGUCCUGUGAAAAUGUUUUCUAUGUAAAUUUUGUUUAUUUCAUUUGAUAUGCAUCGUUAUUCGUUUGGACACGCGCUAACUCUCAACUUUUAAUGACAAACAUUUUAAAAUCAAAAUGUACACCGGCCAAUUCGUAACUUUUAUACUACCUGAUCCUGGUAACUCGAAACUUUCUACAGGUGAAUUCGACACCAUUGAUUAAAUCUAAUACCUUAGGUAGUUAGUUAAAAGGUAAGAAAUAAAUUUGAACAGUAACGGAUUAAGCCAACACGGGGGCCUAUAGCAAAUGUGAGCGAAUGGUUCUUGGUUUCUUUUCCACUUUUUAGCACUUUCUUUAAGUGAAAUUUAAAAUUAUAUACCACCAAUAGCUUAUUUACCACGUUCACUCAUUACGGAAUCUGUUAAAAAAUUUCAGUCAUUUUAACAAACUUUAUUUGGAUUUUCUCUAGUAACUCUUCCAAGAGACAAUACAUAAGUGAUAUACCUUUUACACCACCUUGAAAGAGGGUAAUUUAUACAGGUACAUACCUGGAAUACCGGUAUUAGAUUAUCAACAUCGUUAGGAACUACUUAGAAAAUGAAAGUUACAAAUUCACCGGUAGGUACUUGAAGGGUUAUCAAAAAAUUAACUGAGGGCCAGAGUUACCAGUUGGUCUGUAAUUAGGAUGGGGGAUUAAAAUAGUUACAAAUUCACCGGGACCCAUUCAUUUUUUAUAAGUGGUUUUCAUGAGAUUAAAUUAGGAACAGGUAGGAAAACAACACAGUUAAACACGAGAAUAGGACUAGCAUGGACAGUUUAUUGCCAUGUGCUUGAAAAGGAAGAUCUUUGAUCAAUGUAUACUUAAUGUAUGGAACAGAAAUUCUGACCCUUACCAAAAAAGUAAUAAAUAAAAUGCAAGUAUCGGAGAGAGCAAUGGAGGGGUCAAUGUUAAAUAUAUCUAGUGAUGGAUUCGACCGUUACUUGAUGGAGGUUCAUUUUAUCUCAGAACUGAAGACUUGUGUUUUCUACACUUCCGCAAAUGUAUUAUCAUUUAUUAUUACUACAGUUGUUUCCGCAGGAGUGCCUUUCACAGCUUCCUAAAUUAUACUUUUUUAUUAAACUACACAAAACUGACCACCCAACAAUAUCUGUAGUUUCUUUUUAUACAGCUUCAUCAUAUAAAAUUUCAAUGUACAUGUGGUGACUGCCCAAAAACUUACAUCGGUCAAACUGGUAGAACCUUUAACACAUUUAACACACAAGAAACCACUAAAUUAAUUACUAACAGUUUAAUCCAAAAGACAAAAAUGAAAGUCAAAGCAUAAAUCUAUUACGGUUUUUAAAGUAGUGUUUUUUAAACGAUAGUAGUAGUGGCAUUAAAUGGCAGCUAGAAAAGACACCAAAAUCAAUUUCUUCCAUGAUUCUUUGGGUAAGAUCUUUAGGAGCUUUCCAAGCUUCUUUUUUCUUUGCUUUUCAAAGGUCUCUCAAAUACUAUACCGUGAUGAGCGCGCUAAUAACCGGCAAAAUAAUUCAAAAGAUGGAAAACAUUGUGAAGUAAAAGAGAUGGAACUUUUAGAGGUGGAAAUUAUCGAUAUAAACGUAUGAAUUAACAUUACAUUACAUAGUUUCCCAACUUUAGACAUAUCAGAGGAGUAUAACAACUGUCACUGUGACAGGUGAAUUUUAUGAAAUACUCCUGUCACAGACUACUUUUUUCGAAAAAUGCAUUUUGAGGUUAUGUACACAUAACUUAUGUAGAAGUGUCACUGUGACAGGAGAAUUUUAUGAAAUACUCCUGUCAAAGACAGACUACUUUUUUCGAAAAAUGCAUUUUGAGGUUAUGUACACUCAACGUAUGGGUCUAUAAAAAAUAAACAUGUUUUGUGAAAAAACUACGCGUGUGAAUUUUUUGAAAUUUUUAAAUUGAUUGCAUCCCACCUAAAAAAAAUUAAGAACUAAAAAAAUGUAUUUGACAGGGUUGAGGGGGGUGGGGUGGUAAAAUUAAGUACCCUUUAGACAUUUAGACAAUUAUUAAAUCGUAAAUCUACGAAUUUUUCGUUAAAAUUGUUUUUAUGUUGUGCAAUAUAUUGUAGACUACUUAGUAGUUAUAUACUCAAAACCAUAAUUGAUUAUUAUAAUAAAAGAUUCCUCCCUUCAAAAUUUCACACAUCUAGUCACGUUUGAUACAUAAUUUGGUAUUAUUACUCGUAUCCAAUAUUUUAUCUAUACAUACUUUUAUUUAUACAUUAUAUUGUGAUUUUAAAUAUAUUCUAAAUUUAAAUAGUGUUGACACUAAAGGACGUACUAUUUCAUUAUCCUUUGAAAAUGUAUUUUUAAUCGAAUUAUUCUACUUAAAUGAAUACGAAGAAAUUCAAAAGUAUAAAACCAUUAUUGUAGAUUCAACAAUGAGUAAGUGGUCAUAUUUACAUAAGCUUUGAUCGCGCAGGACAUACUGGGUAUACCCAGAGGGAGAACGCCUGCGCAUUACAAAAUCGAGCGUUCACGGAGUUCAAAUAUUUCCCUCUGAACACCCUCCGGAUUUUUAAUUCGGUGUUCGCGCAGCACAGAAAAAAGAUCCUGAACGUGUUCGGAAUACCCUCUUGACGUUCGAGGAUUUUGUUUCUGAUUUUAAGUUCGCACAGGCGCACAACAUAUUUGGGAAGAAUUUCUUGACAUUCUGUUCUUACUCCUUCCAAUUCUUAACCUAAAAUAUUGUUUUGUUAUACAACUUGUAAAUGUAUAUUCUGGUUUUUAAAGUUUUGAAGUGUUGUAUCAUUUAAAUAUUCUUCAAACAAAUUUUAAUAUUUUUUAUAUUAAAGCUUUUUUAGUUGUUUUUGUCCAUGUUUUCUAUUCCGUAUUGUUUAUAAAUAAGUAGGUACCUUUUCUAGUAUUAUUUUCAUUCGAUAUUCGAUAAUUAUCUACUACGGUAGUAUUCAUCAUCAUUCUCUUUGCCUUAUCCCUAUGCGGGGUCGGCUUCCCUAAUUGCAUUUCUCCACACAAUUCUGUUUUGGGUCAUAUCAAUGUUAAUCCCCUUUACCAACAUGUCCUGCCUUAUCGCCUCCCCCCAGGUCUUCUUUGGUCUUCCUCUCCUACUCCUUCCAGGAAUCUGCACUUCAGCUAUUCUUCGUAUUGGGUGAUUAACGUCUCGACGUUGAACAUGACCGAACCAUCUUAACCUAUGCUCUCUCAUUUUGGCAUCAAUUGGUGCCACACCUAGAGUUCCCCUAAUAUACUCAUUUCUAAUUUUAUCCUUCUUUGUCACUCCACUCAUCCAUCUAAGCAUUCUCAUUUCCGCCACAUGCAUUCGUUGUUCCUCUUUCUUUUUCACUGCCCAACAUUCAGUUCCGUACAUCAUAGCCGGUCUUAUGGCUGUUUUAUAGAAUUUUCCCUUCAGCUUCAUUGGAAUUUUUCUGUCACACAACACACCACUCGCUUCUUUCCACUUCAUCCAUCCAGCCCUAAUUCUACUGCAUGCAUCUCCAUCUAUUUCUCCAUUACUCUGUAAUACCGAUCCUAGGUACUUAAAACUAUUGCUUUUCACAAUCAUUUCACCAUCCAAAGAUACCAUUUUAUUUGUAGUAGCUCCAUCUUUAAAUGAACAUUCCAAAUACUCUGUUUUUGUCCUACUAAGUUUUAAACCUUUUUCCUCCAGAGCUUGUCUCCACUGUUCCAGUUUUUGUUCUAAGUCUCUUUCACUAUUUCCUACUAACACGACAUCAUCAGCAUACAUUAAGCACCAUGGAAUGUUACCCUGUAGUUUCGCUGUUAUCUGGUCCAAAACUAAUGAGAAUAAAUACGGACUAAGCACAGAGCCUUGGUGCAAUCCUACUUUCACAUGAAAUUUAUCAGUCUCUCCCACACCUGUCCUAACACUAGUCGUUACUCCCUCAUACAUAUCCCUCACAAUCUUUACAUAUUCACCAGGGACUCCUUUCUUAUUGAGUGCCCACCACAGAAUCUCUCGAGGAACUCUAUCAUAUGCUUUCUCAAGAUCAAUGAAUACCAUAUGAGCGUUUGUUUCUUUACUCCUGUAUUUUUCCAUCAACUGCCUUAUAAUGAAAAUUGCAUCUGUUGUUGAUCUACCCUGCAUAAAGCCAAAUUGAUUCUCGGAUAUUUCGGUCUCUUCACGUAUCCGUCUGUCAAUUACUCUUUCCCAUAUUUUCAUGGUGUGGUUAAGCAGUUUUAUAGCCCUGUAGUUUGUACAUUGUUGUAUAUCUCCCUUGUUUUUGUAAACAGGUACCAGUAUACUGCUUCUCCAUUCGUCUGGCAUUUGUCCGACUUCCAUAAUUCUAUUAAAUAGACCUGCUAGCCACCUUGUUCCUGUCUCUCCCAAUGCUCUCCAUACUUCCCCAGGAAUAUCAUCUGGUCCUACCGCUUUUCCUUUCUUUAUUUUUUGAAGCGCUUGAGCCACUUCCUCGUUGGUUAUUUUGGUGACCAUUGCUGCUACUGUCUCCGUUGCCUCUACAGGCUGUCUGUCAAAUUCUUCAUUUAAUAAGCUGUCAAAGUACUUUCUCCAUCUCUUUUUGACUUCCCUUUCGUGAACUAGUAUUUUAUUAUUUUCAUCUCGGAUACAUCUAAUCUGAUUAAAAUCUUUUGCUUUCCUUGCUCUCUGUUUGGCUAUUUUAUAUAUCUUCGUUUCGCCUUCCCUGGUAUCAAGUUGAUCAUAUAGGUGUGAAUACGCUUCUGCUUUGGCUUUUGCUACUGCUACUUUCGCUUCCUUUUUCGCCACCAUAUAGUUUUGAAGAUCUGUGUCGGAUCUGGUUUCUUGCCACUUUUUAUAUAAUUUUUUUACUACUAAGUUUUUUACCACUACUACGGUAGUAUGUAUUACAAUAAAUUGUACUAUGUUUUUACUUAAUUUCUUCUAUCUAGAUGAGCUUAUAAGUACCUACAUAUUCUUGUGGUUUAUUUUUCAGUUUAAUUUAUGAGUUAGGUAAAUUAGUCUCUUAUUGAAUAUAAUGAAACAUAAACAACACAUCAAAUUUAUUCUGAAACUAUUUCUUGUGUCUUGUUAUAUUUCAUUAUUUUUGUGGUGUAAUAAACCACAACACAAUGCCACAACCUAUCAAAUUCAAUACAUACAUAUAAAAAUUGGAAAUUAUUGCUUUUCUAAAUUAUUCCUUCCUUCAGAUAAUGUUCAACCCCCAGGAAGUUAAAGGUAAUUUUUAUAUGUAAAUAUCAACAAUCUUUUACUCUCUACAAAAAUGUAAGCCGGAUUUCGGCGUGGAAAUACCACAUUAUAUUGUCGAAAUAAUAAAGAAAGACGCUAAUCAAAUUUCUAACUUCUAAGAAAGGCAUUGAAUUAUUGAAUAGAAAGUUAAUCAUUUGCCUGUUGCUGUUAUUCUCUUUCUCUUUGUUGACAUUCAAAUUUGUUGCAUUUGCAUUUUUUUUACAUUGAUUUCGAAAUAAGAAAGGGACAACAAAAGGCUUCCUUCUCUAACCUUAAUGUAUGCAACCCGUCAUUACAUUACGAAUCCGAAAAUUGUUCGCGGAGCGAAAAAUCCUGAACAUCCGAACUUACUCUGAAUACGUUCAUGUUGUACUGCGCGAACACUACUAUAAGCCGUGGAGAACAAAACUAAAGUUAUAGGCCCAAAUAAACUACAGCUGUGAAAUUAGCAUACCUCGUUCCAAGGUACAUUCGAAGGUUUCCCGAUUACGGGUGCCCAUAUAAAAAUUUUCAGGGGGGGCAGACGAGAAGAUGUUGCACAUUAUAUUUUAAACUUUGGAUAACCAUAUAUAAUUUACAGCUCCCGAAAAGCAAGGGGGACCAUACCUCCCCCCUCUUCUGUUGGCGAUCCAAAUGGCAAUUGUAGCUUUGGAAACUGCUGCACGAAAGUGCUAUUUUUAAUUUUAAAUAUUUCAUUCAAAAGAAACUUUUUGUUAUUCUAAGGGACUUUUGGUCCUCGGUAAUAAUGUAAUCUUUCAUUCUGCGUUUAAACUUUUCGAAAAUAUUUAUUAGGUUUCUCAGGAUUCGAAAAAAAUGAAUGCGUUUAAAUAAUAUUGGACCAAGAUUUCGCGCCUACCCCCUUUAAAAAACGUUUAUUUCGUCGCUCCUUUUAGCUCUUCGUAUAUUUCUAAUUCGACGAAAUAUUGAAGGUAUUCAAUAGCAAUAGCAGUUUUGCAAUCUGUUCAUGUUUUUUCGCUUCCUUAUUUUCCUUCAUUUCUCUUUGAGGUUGCAUAUUUUAAUGCUUAUUGAAUGAUCGGAGCAGAUUUUUCUACAAAAUAAGAAAAAAUAUCCAGUAAAACGUACAUAACUGCUACCGACUUAAAGCCCAUAGUCCGUGAUUGAUUUUCUUAAAUACUCAGUUUCCGAGUUCUUCUUCUUUUUGUGUAGACAUGACUCUGUUUUUCAAUGUGCCUUGAUUCCAUUGGCCAUGAUAUCUACAUUAACCCUGGAAAGUGUAUUUUUGAGAAUAUGCUCGGAGUACAGAUUAAAAAUCAAUAGUGACAAGAUGAAUCCCCAUGUAGAAUUUCAAUUAAUUCAGAAGUAUUUAGUUAUAUUAUUUUCUUUUAGUCUGUGUAUUAUAUUGUGACGCUCCUAGACCCCGAUUGACCGCCGAAGAUUCCGGCCUAUUGUUUGUAAUUCCGCCUAAACAAUUUUUUGUCUGCCUAAGCUAGGAUAAUUUAUUACCUGUUUGAUUUCUGAUGUAAACAUUCUAUUCAUUCUAGAACUUUGCCGAAUGUACUAGUAAAUUGUUUUUUUACCUGUAGUUAAUUUAUUCCGUAUUUUAAAGCCUUAUAUGUUUUUCGGAAUGUUCGAUAAAGCUGUUUGUCUACAUAUUGUUUACCUUUCGAUUUUUCUAGACUAACUGUAAAUACUAUUUAAGGAAACCAAAAUGAAUGUUUGGGGGCAGUCUAAUAAAGCGGUGGUUAUGUUGUCUUUUCUUUUUUUUUUUCUUCUUUCUUCUUUUUAUGUAGACGUAGAUAUGACUCUGUCUGUUUUUCAAUGUGCCUCCAGUAAGUUGACAUUCCAUCGUUUUCUUGGUCUUCCCACUGAUCGUCUUCCUAUUAGGGAACCGUCUCUCGCCGUCCUUAUUUGUUGUCAUUUGGCCUAUGUGUUCGUUCCAUUCUACUCUUCUGUUUUACCCAAUUAUUAAUGUUGUCUACCUUGCAUUUCCGUCCUAUUAUGCACUUCUAGCUCUAUCCCAAAGUGUCUUACCAUCGAUUUUUCGAAAGGUUUUCAUCUCUGCUGUUUCUAGCAUUCUUUUUGUUCUGUCUGUAUGAAAUCGUUUUUCUGCUGCGUAUGUCAUUAUUGGUCUGAUGACUGUUUUGUAAAUUCUGCCUUUCACUUCUUUUCCGAUAUUUUUUUCUCCAUAUUGUUUCGUUCAAGCAACUUGCGGUCUGUUUGCUUUAUUCACUUGAUCUUCCACUUCUGUUAUGAGCUUUCCGUAGCUAGAUAGUUUAACGCCUAGAUAUUUAAACUCCAUGACUUGUUCUAUUAUCUGACCUGGAGGGCCAGGCAAUAGAACCCGAGACUUAAUAUUCCGAGUUGAAACUUGGAUUUUGGCUAUAAUAAACUUUCCACUCUUUAAAUGAAGUAAAAGUCAGACUUACUCUCAAUCUUUAUUAUAACUUCCGACGACCGGUUUCGCUCUUUAAAAUUUGUAGAGCAUCUUCAAGUCAAAGGUAACAAGUUGCAAAAUGCUACAAAUAAACAAAAACCAGAGUUAGGACAUUGUCUGGUUGUAAAAGAUGCUAAAGAUCCAUAAGAUCAAGCCAAUGUUGAAUAACAUACAUAAAAGUAGCGAAAUAGCAUACCAAUGCACAUGCAUGCAAUCAUGGGGGGUGGUAAAACUUCCCCCAAGCGCACAAACAUGUGCAGAAGUAUGCUCUAUAUAAUCAUGCAAUUAUAACGUGUCGUACUUACAUUCGGAUACAAGGUGCUACCAACUCAGUAUUCAUUAUAUAUAGAUGCUUUAACAGAAACAUCAUGAUAAUGAAUACUGAGUUGGUAGCACCUUGUAUCCGAAUGUAAGUACGACACGUUAUAAUUGCAUGAUUAUAUAUAGCAUACUUCUGCACAUGUUUGUGCGCUUGGGGGAAGUUUUACCACCCCCCAUGAUUGCAUGCAUGUGCAUUGGUAUGCUAUUUCGCUACUUUUAUGUAUGUUAUUCAACAUUGGCUUGAUCUUAUGGAUCUUUAGCAUCUUUUACAACCAGACAAUGUCCUAACUCUGGUUUUUGUUUAUUUGUAGCAUUUUGUAACUUGUUACCUUUGACCUGAAGAUGCUCUACAAAUUUUAAAGAGCGAAACCGGUCGUCGGAAGUUAUAAUAAAGAUUGAGAGUAAGUCUGACUUUCACUUCAUUUAAAAUGAACUCUCACAUGCAACCCAUUCAAGAUUUCCACUGUUUCUUCCUAGUUCACUUCAGUAAAAUUUAUUCGUUGCAUAUACCACAAACUACAAACUGACUAAACGUUUUUGCGUUACUGCAUUUAAAUAGUAUUUAUACUUUUGAGUUUGUUCAUAUUCGUUACACAACUAAUGGAAGAAUGCAAUUGUACUAAAAUUAGUAAUAAGAUUGAAGAGCUUUACUUUUUAGAGUAGCUUUUUUGAAAUUGUAUAUAAAUUGUUAUUUGUUACAUACUGCUGUACAUUCUAACUACACGUUAAUUAUUUAAUGUAAUAAGAUCCUAUAUUUCUACUACUAAA